UUAAUUCAAAACGAGGCUGGGUGUUUUCUUAAUUUAUACGGAGGAAGGAGUUUAGUCACUGACUGAAAUUCGUUCAUUACUAAUAUUAGAAGGCACCAUUCGUAAGAGGACGUGCUCAUUUUGAAGCUUGUUAGUUCAACGAAUACAAAAAUACAACAAAAUGCAGAAUCCAGAUGCUGAUACUGAGUGGAACGAUGUUCUCCGAUCUAAAGGCAUUAUACCACAAAAAGAAGCAGAAAUAACAGAAGAAGAUAUCGUACAAAUAUUAGAACAAACUGUUCAGGAAAAACAACAUGGUAAAGCUAUGGAAGAUAUGUCUUUAAAGGAACUAGAUAAAAUAGAAGAUGAUUUAGAUGAUGAAGAUGAACGAAUGUUUGAACAGUACAGACGACAGAGAAUAGCAGAAAUGCAAGCUUUUCAGUUGAAAGCCAAAUAUGGUGAUGUAGGGGAGAUAAGUAAGGCUGAUUAUGUUCGAGAAGUUAACGAGGCUGGAGAAGGUGUCUGGGUUAUUUUACACAUUUACAAACAAGGAAUACCAAUAUGUUCACUUAUCAAUCAAUAUUUGACCACAUUAGCCAGAAAGUUUCCAGCAACAAAGUUUUUAAAAAGUAUAUCAAGCGUUUGUAUACCUAAUUACCCCGACAAGAACCUCCCCACCAUAUUUGUAUAUUUUGAAGGAGAUCUGAAGAAGCAAUGGAUAGGACCUUUAGCUUUUGGAGGAAUGAAUUUAAAACAGAAUGAUUUAGAAUGGAUGUUAGCACAAACGGGUGCCAUACAGUCCGAUGUAGAAGAACCAGUUAAACCAGUUAUUAAAGAUGUUAUGAAUAUUGCCAUUAGACAGAGCAAUAUUAACGAUGACAGUGAGGAUGAUGAUGAUUGAUAAUAAAAUUUUAAUUUUUUAUUUAUUUUAUAUAAAAAAACAACCUUG